UACAGAAUACGGGGUAAAGUCACGUGUAUUACAGUAACGAAGUAGCUUUAGCGGAUCGAGGGAUCCGGGAGAAGGGAGAUGAGUUCCGAGCGAGAGCUGGAGAUAGUUAGGAUAGGGCGGCAGCUGGAAAAGCUGGCCAACAGUGACACGCCUAAUGAAGAGGUGGCCAUGGACAUGCUGAGGUCCCUGCAGUCGCUGCCGAUGACUCUGGAUGUCCUUCAGAAAUCACACAUUGGCAUAUCUGUCAACAAGUGAGGCAGAAAUUCCCGGGCAGCGACCUGGCCUCUCUGGCCAAGAAACUCAUCAAAUCAUGGAGAAAACUCCUCCCAGGUAAAGAAGGAAAGAGUGGUUCGCCGUCGCUCGGCAACAAGCAAAAUGACCACACACCCUCACCGCAAGCCACACCCACUCCCAGCAAAACGUCCCCUCCCCCCGUCACCUACACUCCGUCCACUAAUACAGACAGCCACUCCACUACAAAUAGUAACACCAAUGCAAUUACGUCAUCUGCUUCGGCAUCAAAUGGGGAAACCUCCAUGGAAACGAUUACAUCACCGAUCCCCGGACCAUCGAGGAGUGAUUCCGUCUCGAGCGACUCUGGGGUGGUGUACUUUGACCCCAGUAUCCCGGGCGAAGCUCGCGUCCCCCCGACUGGAGACACGGUGCGGGACCGUUGUCGUGAGCUACUGGCAAAGGCCAUGCUGAAAGGAUUUGAGAAUGUUACCAUUGAAGAGGAGAUAAAGUUCCACAACCUCACCGCUGAAAUUGAGGACUGUGUGUUCAAGGAGUUCAGGGACACGGGGAACAAGUACAAGCAGAGGAUUCGGAGCCGGGUGUCUAAUCUCGGAGAUCUCAAGAAUCCCAGUCUCAGACACAACGUCAUGUCUGGCACCAUCUCCACCUCCAAGAUUGCCACCAUGACAACCGAGGAGAUGGCCAGCGAUGCGAUGAAGAAGCUACGAAAGAAGCUGACAAAGGAGGCCAUUAGGGACUCCCAGAUUGCCAUGCAGGGAGGAACGGAAACGGACCUGCUCAAAUGCUCAAAAUGCGGCAGCCGAAAGUGCACCUAUACUCAGGCGCAGACAAGGAGUGCAGAUGAGCCGAUGACUACGUUUGCCUACUGUCUCACUUGUGGGCAUAGAUGGAAGGUACGGUGGUAGUAUAAGUGGUAUAUAUCAUAUACCUUACACCAAUACUGCCUCACUUGUGGGCAUAGAUGGAAGGUGCGGUGGUAGUAUAAGUGGUAUAUAUCAUAUACCUUACACCAAUAGGACUUAGAUUUAUACACUUGUGGGCAUAGAUGGAAGGUACGGUGGUAGUAUAAGUGGUAUAUAUAUACCUUACACCAGUAGGACUUAGAUUUAUACACUUGUGGGCAUAGAUGGAAGGUACGGUGGUAGUAUAAGUUGUGUAUAUGACCUUAGGACUUAGAUUUAU